CUUAAAGUAAAACACAUCUGAAAAUAUAACAUAUUUGUUUUUAUUGGUAGUUUUUAGCUUCAUGGUGGUCUCACCGCAUGGACGUCAUAGCAAACUGUUCCCACCUCUAUUCUAGGCUACAGGGUACUAGCUGCGCAUCAAAACGAGCGUACCCCAGCUAGAAAGAAUCCACCCCGAGCCAUAACGGAGCCGACAGAGGGACAGAAGACGACAACAACACAGUAUCGCCGAAUUAUCAUCUAAGAACACAGAUACAACAUCAGUUCACGGGCCAUGAUGAGGAGGUUGUGUGAGGUGGCUCUUGUGUCCCUUCUUAUUGGGUUUCUGUUGAAUACUGAAUCAACAUGGGCUAAAAAAGGUAGCAGCAGCAGCAAGAAAACGUCAUCUUCUACCAACAAGGGUGGGACACAAUCAAAACCAUCCUCUCAGCCAGGAUACCCCCGACAGCCACAGAGUCCCAAUCGAAACCCCAAUCCUUAUCCUCCUGGUGGAAGUUACCCAGGAGCAGGCAACACUAAUCCAGGAGGAAUUCCCAGACAAAAUCCACCAAGUUAUCCAGGAGCUGGUAGUAACCCCAACCAGUAUCCUGGUAGAGCCAAUCCUGGAGGUUAUCCAAACCAGAACCCUGCAGGUGGAUAUCCAGCUGCAGGAGGCUACCCAGCAGCAGGUGGCUAUCCCAACCAAUAUCCAGGCAGAGCUGGCAACCCACCUAACCAGUACCCUGCUGCAGGAGGCUACCCGGCUGCAGGAGGCUACCCAGCAGCAGGUGGCUAUCCCAACCAAUAUCCAGGCAGAGCUGGCAACCCAGGAGGAUAUCCUAACCAGUACCCAGCUGCAGGUGGCUACCCAGCUGCAGGAGGUUACCCAGUCAGAGGAGGAAAUACAGGACAGGGUUGGGGUCAGCCUGGGGGUUACCCUGGUGGGGGGGUUGGUGGUUACCCCGGUGGGGGGGCUGGUGGUUACCCCGGUGGGGGGGCUGGUGGUUACCCCAACUGGAACCCAAAUAAUAAGAUCCUUAGUCCCCGCUAUGGUGGAGGAGGAUAUGGUGGAGGAGGAUAUGGUGGCGGCCCAGGGAUGGGAGGGUCUCCAUUCUCUCGUUCUGUACAGGGUAUGGGUUACCAGCCCCAGUCUUCAGGUUUUGCCAAAAAAGCCAUGUUGGCAGCAGGCGUUGGUGCUGUGGCUGGAAUGGCCGUUGGAUAUGGACUAGGGCGCUUCCCUCGACCACACUUUAAUUUCCGCAACCCUGAAGAAGAGCAAUACUACAACAACUACAUGUACCGCCGUUAUGGCACCCAAUCUACAGAUGAAAAAGACUAUGGCCGUGAUUACGUCUACAAUCCUCCGCCACGAGCAGAGACUUAUGACAAGUUCAUGCAACGCUGUAUGAAUAGGACUGACCUUCUUAAAGACCAGGGGAGCAGCUCUACCGUGCCUAAAAGUCAGGGUGGAGGUGAUAAUGAUGACACCGUCGGCAUAGAGGAGAUUGGAUACCCAGCCUUAAUUGAGCAAUUGAAGUCCCGGCACUGUGUUGAGCAGUACAUGGUCUAUUCUGAGAGUUUUCUGCAGGAACGAAAAGCAGAACAACAACUCCAGCCAAGAGGCAGCAGCCCUCCGAGCUACGGGGUGAUUCAACUGUUCACCUCCCUCCUCAUGCUACUGUCCAGCAUGCUCCUUCUCCAGUGAGAAUACUUUGAUUUCCUUUUACCAUACUCCAAAUGGAUUUCUGUUUCCUCCAUUAUAACUGCACGUCCAUAUACCGCUUAUGUAUUAUAAUCUCAUAGCAAGCUUUCUGGGUCAUAUUUAGUCAAUCCUCUAUUAUUGCGGCAAAACACUACUAAAAGGUAACAAAAUGCAGAUGUGUAUAAAGAAACUAAAGUAGUCAAUUUUAAGAGGCAGCAGUCAGUUGUGUGUUGUACAUGCUGCACUGUUUUUCUUUCAAGAAUAUAUUUAGCACUUUUAUACUCCACAUUAUUGAACACUGAAUGCAUAGAAGAUUCAGGUUACUUUAGUUUUUGUGACAAUUUAUUGUGACAGUAUGUCUACUAUAUGCUACUUUGUAAAAUAGGAAUGUGACAUUAAGGAUUUUAUAUAUAUACAAAAACAUCACUAACUUCAUUACAUCAUUCAUUCAUCCUUUUCAUCUGGAGAAUUCAACAGGCUGAUUCUUCCGUGCAUUGGUUUAAUAUUCUUUCAUCAAAGGAACAUUUUGUUUUCAUCAAAUAUAAAAGAAUGUUUAAGACAGAGUUUAGCUAAUUUUAAAAACAGGGCUUUUAAAGGGGAGAUUUUCAGAUUGUCAGUGCAAAGUGCAGAUGGUGUUCACUUCCAAAUAAUAGCUUAAUAGCCAUAAGCUGUUUUUUUAAGGACCUCUCACAAAGGCACCAA